UGCACUAUCACUGCUUAGAUUCGUGGGCGGCCAGGCAAUUUUCAUGGUUCUUUGCCCUUAAAUACGGCAUUGCUUCUUCUCACAUUUACCAGGAAAGAUAGCUUGGUUCUUUUCAUUAGAACCAAAGGAAAUCUGUGACUUGGAGCAGCAAACGGGUUAAAGCAUGGUGAGGCUACGUCCUGCAACUCGUAUAACAGCUGUAAUGUGUUCCUUCUUGGCUGAGAUUUCCGGCCUUCCCGUUAUGUUGAUGGAAAAUCUCUAGAUUUUCCCGAUGUUGAUACAAUAACAAAUUUUGCAUCAAGAACAUUGGCCAGACCAAUGACAUGAUUACGUCAAAUGUCGAGAAACACUUUUCAAGUAUAUUUACUGAAACUUCAUUGCUAAAAGUGUUCCCGAUAACUUCGGCGUAGUUUGAAAUUUGGACCUUAUUCCAGAAGGACAUUGGAUUUGGAACCCAUUAAGAGGAUUUACUGAAAACAAAACCCGCAAUCGCUCAAUGUUUCAUCUAAGUUGGGCAAUGCUAACAGAAUUCGAGCAAUAUACACAUUGAGUCAAUUUAAUGCAGACAGCAGAGAAGCGCAAAACAAACGGACCGUGGCUGCCUGAAAACACACCCCUUUUUCUGACAUAAAACUAGUAGCCGGGUUUAAGCGUCGAGUUUGCCAGGGCUGUCUGGAAGUUCAGCGCCAACUUCAGCCUGACGACGGAUCAGUGAAGGUGGGAGAAGAGCUGCCCGCAGAGUUCGCCCCCGCUGCCUUGACCUGUUGCUCUGGUGGCCGCGGCCCGGUGUUGUGUGUAUUAGCCUUCGAUGGCUCACUUUGCGGAGGCGCGGGAACUGAUGACCCCAAAGCGCACGGCGGUGGCGGUGGCCGCGGGGCUCGGAGUGGCGGCUGCAGUGGGGCUGGCAACGUUCGGGGUCAGACGUCUCCUGGACGCCUACCGACAAGGCCCCCCCAACACUAAACUAGUCAAAGUGGCCGAAGUCUCCAGACUCUUCAUUUACCCCGUCAAAUCAUGCAAAGGAAUCCCCUUGACCGAGGUGGAGAUUACUGAUUUGGGACUGAAGAAGGGCCCGCUGAAGGACAGACAGUGGCUUAUAGUCGAUGAGAAAUGGAACAUGAUUACUGGCAGGGUGGAACCUUCUUUGGUGCUCGUCACUGUAUCCGAUAAGAAUGGCUUUCUGUGUCUUAAUGCACCAGAAAUGGAAGAGCUGAGGGUCCCUUUGAAACCAUCAAAGUCAAAUCCUGUGAAGAUGUGCAGAGUAUGGGGAUGCAAUAUAGAAGGUAGAGAUUGCGGCGACGAAGCUGCCCAUUGGAUCAGUAUCUACUUAAGAAAUAGCAGGGCUUUCCGAUUGGUGUGCUAUGAGCCUUCAAUGAAACCAAGAUAUCUAAAAGAAAAGGAUCCACCUUUCCUGGACAGUGAUAAGGAUACAUGGAAAGGUAUACAGAUUGGGACUGCAAAGUUGCACCAAAGAAUGUACUGCACAAGAUGCAUUUUCACAACAGUAGAUCCUGAUACAGGAAUCAUAAACAGGAAGGAGCCACUGGAGACACUCAAGAGGUACCGUCAGUGCGACCCAUCUGAGAAACACAUUUACAAAUCUGUUCCUGUGUUUGGCUCACAUUAUGGAAUUGAAAAACCUGGAGUGAUUAGAGUAGGUGACCCUGUGUACAUGAUUGUUCAGCAGUAGGAGUGAACAAUGACAGGAGUGCUGUUUUUCCUGCGAAAAAAUUUACAAGUUUAAUGUCUUUACUAAUGGAAGCACUUUUGACUGUUCUACCAUUAAUUGCUUGUAAAAGUAAUAAAUUGAUUUAACAUGAAACUAGAGGUUUUUUUUCCAGCUGAACAUUGCUUUAAUCAAAUAGCUGAAACUACUUACUUACAAGAAUGAAAUAACAAUUAUCAUAGAACCAUAGAAAAGUUACAGCACAGAAGGAGGCCAUUCAGCCCAUCUUGUCCAUGCCAGCCUGAGGACACCCAGGUGCCCUUUCUAAUCCCACCUUCCUGCACUUCAUGGCCUAUUUUUACAAACAUUUAUUGACUUAAAGCAUUUAAUUCAUCCUUGAAAAGGAUUGAACAUCGUUGUUAGGACUUCUCUUAAAAAAAGUUACAAGAGUAACUCUAACACAAUUAAUUUUUAUUCGCCCAUACUUCUAAGCUUUUUCCUAAACACACAGUAACUUUUAACAAGCUGAUAGGGGAAUUGUCUUUGAGGAUUCACCAAGUCUAUCUGACUGAAGGUGCUGAAGUAACCAAUCCAGCUAGUGACAAGUUCACUGAAGUACUUGAGGUCAAUGACUUAUCUCUGCCAAAAUUAAUUCUGCUCCAUAUCAUUGUAUUCAAUUCCAGCUAUUGUGUUCUCCAAUUCUUUGCAGCACACAAGAGUGUUACGUGCUUGUGUGUCUGUAUCCUAAACAGUUGAAAAUCGGUGGGGGAGGGAUGAUAUUUCUAUAAUAUUGAAAGAAGUGAAAAUAGCUGAUACCAUGGUAUCCAGUAGUGAAAGGGGACAAUAAGUCAUAAAAGUAGGAAGUUCAACAUGCACUCAGGUAUUUCAUUUGUUAAUGUUGCCAGACUUACGCUGGGAAAAAAAAUUCUGUGAACAACUUCAGCAGUUGGUUAAAAUGCUGAGCAACUACUUGCCUCCAACUGCCUCACAGUUAGAAAUAAACUACACACAGGUUUUAAGCCUCUUGAUUCUCCCACUCUUCCUCUUUUAGUCAGUGACAUGCAUCCACAGUGUGUGUUUCUUUGUCCUUUAAAAACUUGUAUUUUUUACUCUUUGGAUUUUGCUGAAUUUUCUACUUUAUAAAGCUCCACUAACUCACAAGAAACCAGAUCUUAUAAUGAUUUUUGCAAAGGGUGCAUGUCAGCUGCUGCAGGUGGUGUACUUAGAUUCUUUAUUCAGAGGCACUUCUCCCUGAUGAAUGUUGUAUUUUUGUACAGCCGAUCAAUGGUUCCAGCAGUCAAUUAAUUUUGGUAGUUUACUUCUCCCUGGAGUCAGUGCUGGAUGUACUCUCUGACUGUAUGAAGGACUGGAUAAACAACUCGUGAGCAGUGGUUUAUGGGAAAUAAACCACAUUGUGAUGAUGCGAUUGCAUAACCUACUCAGUCUUUAGUCUUGUGCAUUGACUCAUGACUUAUACUUUUAAUUCUUUCUAGGCCAAUGUAAUAUUAAUUUUUAUCUUAAAACAACUGAAUAAUUUGUAUAAUUUUUUGUGUACUUCCAUUUGGAUCUAUAUAGAUCACCUCAUGUGACUCGGUGUGAUAAUUUGUUUUAUAGUGUUCCUGUGAAGCACCUUCAGAUGUUUUAUGUUAAAAGCACUAUGUAAAUUCAAGUUGCUGCAUGUUUUAUGAUAGCUAUUAUAUCUUAUUUUACAUAUAUAUAUAUAUAUGAAGUGAUAACAGAAAUAAAUUCAGGAAAUGUACUAAAAA